GUUUUCAAUUCAUUUGCGAAUGUUUCGCUUUCGUUCAAUUUCUCGCUUAUUUUCCGGGGAAAUUACACGAAGAAUGGCAAGUUCAGUAACUAAAGUUGAUUAUUUGGUAAUUGGUGGGGGUUCUGGGGGAAUAGCAAGCGCACGAAGAGCAACUGAGUUCGGAGUUUCUGCAGUACUGAUAGAGCAUGGUCCGCUCGGCGGUACAUGCGUGAAUGUUGGUUGCGUUCCCAAGAAAGUGAUGUUUAAUACAGCCAUGCAUGCAGAGAUGAUACACGACCAUAAAGAUUAUGGAUUCAAUCUUGGAGGUGGAGUCACCUUCGAUUGGAGUGUAAUAAAGCAGAAGAGAGAUGCUUACAUAAAAAGAUUGAAUGGAAUUUAUGCAACAAAUCUUGACAAAGCAAAGGUAAAUACCGUUCACGGCCACGCAAGGUUCACUGGUGAAAGUGACCCGCACCCAAUAGUUGAGGUUGGUGAUAAGAAAUUCACAGCCCCACAUAUUUUAAUCGCAACAGGUGGAUAUCCAGUGAUACCAAGCAAUGAUGAAAUACCAGGGGCUUCACAUGGAAUUACAAGCGAUGGUUUCUUUGAAUUAGAAGAUCUACCUAAAAAAACUGUAGUGGUUGGUGCUGGCUACAUAGCUGUUGAAUUAGCUGGUAUAUUAAAUGCGCUCGGCUCCGAAACGAGGUUGGUUAUUCGAAGACAUCAAGCUUUGAGGGCGUUUGAUUCAAUGAUAAGUGAGAAUGUGACGCAUGAAAUAACUUCAUCAGGAAUCACGCUUGAUAGAUUCUCUCAUGUAAAAAAAGUUGUAAAAGAUUCCACCACCGGCAAGAUGACGAUCACCAUCGAUUCAACACAAGAUGGAACUACAACAUCAACAGUCGUCGAAAAUGUGGAGUGCCUUAUUUGGGCAAUCGGGAGAAAACCAAACACCGAUAUGAACCUUGAUAAAGUGGGUGUUAAGCUUGACAACAGAGGAAAUAUAGUUGUAGAUAAAUUCCAGAACACCAACAUAGAAGGUGUGCAUGCAGUGGGUGAUGUACAAGGAAAAGCACUUCUUACACCAGUUGCAAUUGCUGCUGGUAGGAGACUCGCACAUCGUUUAUUUGACGGCAAAACUGAUUUAUUCCUUGAUUACACCAACAUUCCAACAGUAGUGUUCAGUCAUCCACCCAUUGGGACUAUUGGGUAUACAGAAGCUGAAGCAAAGAAACUGCAUGGUGACGACAAAAUUAAGACAUACAAAGCAAUGUUUACACCCAUGUACCACGCUGUGACAGAAAGAAAAACAAAAGUGGCGAUGAAGUUGGUUUGUCUGUUACCAACUGAACAGGUAAUAGGUUUACACAUGCAAGGGUUAGGCUGUGAUGAAAUGCUACAAGGGUUUGGAGUGGCAGUUAAGAUGGGAGCAACUAAAGCACAGUUUGAUGAAUGUAUUGCAAUCCAUCCAACUUCAUCAGAGGAAUUGGUUACUAUGCGUUGAAUCUGCUAGCAAGACUUUGUUUUCUUUUAAAGAGAUGUGUGAAAAUUUUUGUACAUGAUCUUGAAAAGUGGUAUUCAUUGUAAUAUAAAUUGUUUAAUUUUUUUUUUAAUUUUGACCUAAUGUUGUUUUUUUUUUAGGGGUAAGGUCCCCCAGCAGGGCACACCAUGGGUUGUAGUAUUUCGUUACUCAUUGGUGUAUUAAUAAUUAUUAAUUUACUGUUAACUGAUCAUAUUAUAUUUUUUCACUUAAAAAGUCACUCAAAAUAUUAGACUAAUAGUUGUGUAAACUGAACUAUUGAUUUUGUAUACGUUAAACAAAAGUUCCACUCCUAUAUAUUGCAGAGUGGGUACCAUGUAGUCUUACAUAUGUGUAGAUCUGCCAGUAUACCGUAUUAAUAUGCAACCUUGCACUUUACAUAGUAAUGUGGGGUAAGAUGGGACACCUUUAGCAUAUAAUAUCUGAAUAUUCUGAUCGUGUUUUAAAUAAACAGCGGUCUAUGGGGGCCAUCAAGAUUUUAAAAUUUUUUGAAUGUUCUUUGUUUACUAUUAAAUGAGACGAGAAGAUAGAAUAAAAAAGUGUCUCCUCUUCUCCCACCCUACUAUAUAGUAGUUCCUAACUAAUGUUUGCAAAGUUGUAAUUUACCUGCCAGUUGCACUGCAGGUUACCUCUUUAUAUUGUGAUGGUACCAAAUUUUUAACAGGGUAGAUUUGUAAUGAAAAAAAGCAACCGAACCCAUUUUUUUUAAAUUUAAAAAUCACCUAAAACCGUCCGAAAUAAAAAUACUUACUUAAAAACAAGUUUUUAACUGUUUGAUUAUUAGAAUUGUAAUUGCUAUUGUAAAAGUACAAAACAAUUUUUGUUUUUUUUACUGAUACAAUUUUUUUUUUUACUGACCAAACAUAUUUUCUUAUGCACUGAUAUGGGCUUGUCAUUUAUUCAGGAAGAACUAAAUAAAAUCUUUACUAAAUGC